UCGUUCCUCUGUUUCUCUGACCGCUCUGUGUCUGCGCUCGAUGCGGCUGCUUCCUCUCCCCUCCCACUCAAACAGGACACCGGCUUUGAGUGUGACCGGAUGGUGAUUGGCUGUUCUGCCUGUUCUCGCAGCGACAGGACCAGGGCGCUCAGCAGCCCAGACGGAAGGAAUAGCAUCAACAGGCUGGCAGUAGAAUCCAGCAGAUUAUUUUACUCAAGAAGAAGUUUGGAUGGAUGUUUAACCAAGUCAUCUAAAGUUUUUGUCAAGCAAGAGCUGAUAAUCGAAAGGAUACACGAUUCACAAACUUAAUAGCAGCAGUCAUUGGAGAAGAAUGCAAAGGUUUCAUCGACUAAACCGUUAAACAAAUAAGUAUAUUCACGAAGUCUUGCGGAGAUUAUUUCCUUCAGCCCCAAAUGGACUAAAUUGUUAACCUUGCAUUUAUGUGAACAUGUUUCUGUUAGAGAUCGUUUUAUUAGUUGCUGCUAUAUUUGCUCUGAGCUUUGAACUUUGUGUCUGCACCUGUGCUCGUGCUGAGUAUGAGAUAAAAGGAAAAUGCUGCCCCAUGUGUCCUUCUGGAAACCGUGUUUAUCGGCAUUGCACAAAAGAUUCCAGUACAACUUGUGUUCCGUGCCUUGAAUCAACUUACACUGAUCACCCCAAUGGCCUUAUUCAAUGUCUUUCCUGCUCUGUGUGUGAUGCAGGUAAAGGUUUAAGAGUAAUGAAGUCCUGCACAAGCACUGCUGAUGUAGUUUGUGAACCACAGGAAGGAUUUUACUGUAUUGACAACAAUAAAUACAGCUGUACAUUAGCAGUGAAACAUAUAGAAUGUCGUCCUGGACAAUAUAUCAAACAAGCUGGAACAGCGUAUACUGACACUACAUGUGAAAACUGUUCAGACGGCUUUUACUCAAAUGGCACUUUAUUGGCCUGCCAACCACAUUCAAAAUGUGACGUUGAGGGGGAUAUAGAAAUAAAAGCUGGAACACCCUCAACUGAUACGGAAUGUGGCAAAUCUUCUCCAGUUGGUGUGCUUUUGAUGGCUGUUUUUAUGGUUUUGCUUAUAUGUUCGAAUGGGAGUCCUAAAAAUGAAUGUGUAAGUUAUGUCGCACAACCACAGAAUGACCUAGAACCAACGUCCAGCGAGGAGGAGCAAAUGUACAGCGAGGAGGAUCACAUGUACAGCGAGGAGGAGCACACGUUCAGCGAGGAGGAUCACAUGUACAACGAGGAGGAGCACACGUCCGGCGAGGAGGAGCACACGUUCAGCGAGGAAGAUCACAUGUACAACGAGGAGGAGCACACGUCCGGCGAGGAGGAUCACACGUCCAGGGAGGAGGAGCACAUGUCCAGGGAGGAGGAGCACAUGUCCAGGGAGGAGGAGCACACAUUCAGCGAGGAGGAGCACAUGUCCAGCGAGGAGGAGCACACGUCCAGCGAGGAGGAGGACACGUUCAGCGAGGAGGAGCACACGUCCAGCGAGGAGGAGCACACGUCCAGCGAGGAGGAGGACACGUUCAGCGAGGAGGAGCACACGUCCAGCGAGGAGGAGCACACGUCCAGCGAGGAGGAGCUACAGGUCCAGCGAGGAGGAGCUACAUGUCCAGCGAGCACAUGUUCAGCGUGUCCAGCGAAGGGGAGCACUUGUCCAGUGAGGAGGAGCAACAUCGCAGCAUUAACUUUCUAAGAACCACUUAGAAAGAUGACGAACAGUCACAGACAAUUUGAGAUUGAUUGCGAUGUGCCAGAUUUAUGGAUGAAAAAGAAUUGUCAGAGUAUAUUCCUCGAUAUGUUUCAGCAGUCAUGUCAAAGCAAUAAGCAAAUCUGCCUACUACCAUCUCAGAAACAUAGCCAGAAUCAGAUGUUUUGUCUCAAGCCAAGAUUUAGAGAAACUCGUCCAUGCUUUCAUCACCAGCAGGGUGGAUUACUGUAAUGGACUCCUUACAGGUCUUCCCAAAAAGACAAUCAGACAGCUGCAGCUCAUAUAGAACGCUGCUGUCAGGAUUCUGACCAGAACGGAAAAAUCUGACCAUAUCACUCCAAUCCUCAGGUCCUUAAACUGGUUACCAGUUACUUUUAGAAUCAACUUCAAAGUAUUAUUAAUUGUCUAUAAAUCACUUAAUGGUCUAGGACCUAAAUACAUCUCAGAUAUGCUCAUUGAAUAUAAACCAAACAGACUUCUCAGAUCAUCAGGAUCUAGUCAGUUAGAGAUAACAAGGGUUCACUCAAAACAGGGCGAGUCAGCGUUUAGCCAUUACGCCACCCGUAGCUGGAAUCUGCUUCCAGAAGACAUCAGAUGUUCAUCAACAGUAGCUACCUUUAAAUCCAGAUUAAAAACACACUUGUUUAGUUGUGCAUUCACAACCUGAGCACUGUGCUGGUUUACAUCAAUUGUACUUCUAAUUCUAAUUCAUUUUUAUUUUACUCUUAUUUUUUUAUAUAUACACUCCCAUUUUUAAUCCAUUUUAUUGCUGUUUUAUUGUUUCUUAAAAUCUAAAGUAUUUGUGAUCUUAAAUCAUUUUUAAAGAUACUUCUUAUUUCUUUCUGUCAAUCAUUUUAUGUAAAGCACUUUGAAUUGCCCUUGUGUAGGAAAUGUGCUAUAUAAAUAAACUUGCCUUGCCUUGGCUAUCGAAUGUUCUGGAUAUUGGAAAA